UUCUGUCAAAAACUACACAUCCUCUUCUAGUCAAGAUGCCUACUCUCGUCACCAUCCCAAGAGAAAUCCGAGAUGAAAUAUACUCUCUGACCCUCGCUGCUCCUUUGCCAGCCUUGCCCACUCGUGACCGUACCCGCCUCAGCUACCCCUCAUCAGACUCCGACGAGACCUACUUUGGAGAGAAUUGCGUUCGUUUUCCGCAUCAGACACCUCUCCCACCGUCCCAUGGGCUCCUUCACACCUCUAGGCGUCUACGUUAUGAGCUCCUCGACGCCAUCAAAAGGCUCGGCUGUAUUCGUUACAAGGUUGAUAUAGCUGACCGAAAGAAUACGGGAGUUCUGGUCCCGACUUGGCUGUCUGUACCGUGUCUGCCUUGUUUCGUGGACAAGAUCGAUGUUCUGGAAGUGAACUGGCGACCCCGUUUUUUGAAAACAACCAGCGUUGCGAGCUUCAAUGGAGACGAUGACCGAGAAGACGUGUAUUGGAACAGGUUCAGUGGCUCGUUGUCAAUGCUGCAACGAUUCGUUGAGCGAGGAGUGUAUCUCCUGUCUAAAAAGAAAAGGCAAAAGACCCACAUUGGGUGUCUAGAAAUUCGAAUGAAUUAUCCCCCUGAAGAGAGAGUGGAGGACGUGGACGAGAUAUGUGACUUCAUAAAUGCCUGGAUGACCACCGAGCAUGGCGAGAUCGCAUGGGAAGAUGAGUCUUGGGAAAAAGAGGAUGAACAGUUUAGGCUACUUGCUGAGAAGAUUGACAGGGUCACACUCCUUGCCAAUGGAGCACUCAAGCGUGAGUGGGUGAUGAGUGAAAUGCUCGUGAAGAGGAACGAAGCGGAAGCUCUUCGACGCGAGAGAGCGGAAAACCCGGUUGAAGAGCAGGAAAUUUGAACGACAACACAUUUCUUUGAUUAAGGAAGUCUAGGAUGCAGGGACCCUCGGAUAUAGGACGUCGCGGAUGUGGGAGAGAUGUGGGAAUUCUAUGCGUGCUGAGCUGGCUUCGCGACACCGAAGUCCACUUCGCAGCCAUGAUCUGGUUUUCUAUGCUGCUGUUGUUUUCUGAGCGAAACUUAAUGGCCAAUUUGAAAGUGUGUCAACGAUGUCAAGCUCUUCAGCCUCGUCCAAGUUUUUUUUCGCGCUUUAAAAUAUUCACUGGCUCUAUUCAUGCUGUUCCGUUCGAAUGCUUUCCAAGAUUCUGUCAUCUUUCAGUUGGUAAUGAAGCAUCGCAGUGCAUGCGCCGAUCUGUUCAUCGUAUCAAAGUGACCAGCAUACGUA